CGGACACGCGCAUUGAUAGCCGGAAGCACCGAUGGGAGGAAAAUAAAAAUCGAUGAAAUCCACUGUAAUUCGCGAGUGUAAACCUCUAACUUACUGUCCCUUUUCGCCACGGUAGACUCGCAUUGAUCCGCCUGUGUCGCUGCCAGUGCGCCGGAGGGGCCGGAGGAGAGCAGGAGAAGCUGCUCCGUUUGGACCAAGUUGCUCGGUCGGGGUUUAGCUGACGUGUGGAGAAGUUGAGACUGCCAGAGAGCAGAUAAACAAACACAAACAAGCAGGGAUCAGCUGAGCGCCUGUCCGAACCGAACCAGCAGCACGGAGAGAUGUCAAGGAGAGAAAGUCUCCUCUUUCGAGCCCAAGAAUGAUCCACAGGAGACCGUGACUUACUGAUACUAGCUCCAUGUCCACUGUCAACACUGGCACACAAAGAAUUUCGGAAACACAACACGAGGACCAGCCAUUUAGCAGAAAAUCCACUGCUCCUGUCACUGUAUCUUUGCCAAGACAUAGCCAGGCUAGCAUGGACGACCAAUGAGUGUACCUUCCACUUUUCAACUGUAACGAAACGAAUACACAUUACAGUGCAAGGAGACGGAGAAGUGGGAUUAUCAUGGCCCACCAGGCGACCCCUAGUUCCCAGAAGGCCCUGAUGAUGGAGCUGAAGUCUCUGCAGGAGCAACCGGUGGAGGGCUUCCGCAUCACUCUGGUGGAAGAGUCUGACCUUUACAACUGGGAAGUGGCCAUCUUCGGACCCCCAAACACCCUGUAUGAGGGAGGCUACUUUAAGGCUCACAUCAAGUUCCCUGUUGACUAUCCGUACUCCCCACCAACCUUCCGCUUCCUCACCAAGAUGUGGCACCCCAACAUUUACGAGAACGGAGAUGUGUGCAUCUCCAUCCUGCACCCUCCUGUCGAUGACCCUCAGAGUGGGGAGCUGCCCUCUGAAAGGUGGAACCCCACCCAGAACGUCAGGACUAUCCUGCUCAGUGUGAUCUCCCUGCUCAAUGAGCCCAACACCUUCUCCCCGGCUAAUGUGGAUGCGUCCGUCAUGUUUCGCAAAUGGAGGGACAGCAAAGGCAAGGACAAGGAGUAUGCAGAGAUUAUCAGGAAGCAGGUGAUGUCAACGACAGCAGAGGCGGAGCGCGACGGCGUCAAGGUGCCGACCACGUUGGCGGAGUACUGCGUCCAGACCAGGGUUCCCUCCCAGGACAGCAGUUCAGACCUUCUCUAUGACGACCUCUAUGAUGACGACAUGGAGGAGGAGGACGAGGAGGAGGACGAGAGCGAGAUGGAGUCUGUAGGUGAGGCCGGGGGGAUGAGCCCCACAGAGGACGGCGGGACGUCCACCAGGCGUUACGACAACCAGGACGACUCUGGAAACGAAGACUCAUGAUGAUCUGGAUGAUGACUCCUCCCUGCCAACCCCCCACCCACACCCACCCCACAAACCCCCUACUUUUAUGUGUUGCGUUACGAUUUUUAGUGUGUGUGUGUGUGUGUGUGUGUGUGUGUGUGCGCGCGUGUGUGUUUGCACAUACAGUGGAGUCAAAAGUCAACUGCCAAAAAAAACGUUUCAUCAUUUAUUAAACUAAUACAAAUGGUCGGUCAAACAAUAGUUGUUUAAAUCAAAGUCAGAAUUUGUGUGUUUCCACCGUUUGCCUUAAUUACAGCUUGCACUCCGUCUGGCAUCGGAUGUUUCGAAGAGUUUGAGGAUUGGAAUUAUUCCAGCACGGUUUUAGAGCACCCCCAAGUGUUUUUGAGGUUACGUUAUAUUUCACUUUUUUAAAUGCAUGCCUCUGCAGAAUAGAGUGGGAUCACUCUACGGAGCAGUGUGUGAUUAAUCAUGUGCAAGUUACUGACCCCAGACGAGGCAAAACAUCCCCACACCUGAACAUUUCCAUCACCGUGUUUUUAUGCCCUGUUGUAUCAUGCAACCAGCUCCAUGUGGACUGCACUGUAAGUUGUUUGGUUGCAACCAUGAGGUUGAAUUUUUUUUUUUUCUUGGUCGUCAACAGUGAAAUUUCACUAAUGUUCAAUCCACGCUACACCAUCAGACUUGUUUUGCCAUUAAAGAAGUAGUUUGUUUCCUGCUA